AUGAAUAGUUCAAAAAAUAAAGUAUUGCAAAAAGAUAUUAAUUUGAUGUCUUUAGUUGAAUUAGAGAAACUAUUACAAAGCAAGAAUAGUUUAUAUAGUUCUGUGGGUGCGAAUCUACCUGAUAAAGGUGAAAAGAUAUUAAAUAAUAUAAAGGAAAUCAAUCAACUUAUUACAAAGAUUAAAAGUGGCAAUACAUCGAGUGUAGUAAUAGAGGAAUCAAACAAAACAACAACAACAAAUAGUACUAUUGAAAAAGAAAAAGAAAUAGAGAUAAAUAAUAAUGCAGAGAUUUACGGUAAACCAAACAGUAUGAACGAUGACGAUAGACUAAUAUUCCAAAUGAAAACGUUGUCAAUGAAGUCAAAGAGUAAAGAUUCAAUGAUGAAAACCAACAAAUCACCACCCGCACCAAACAAACCGAUCAGACAAGCUAAAGAAUUGACACUAGAAGAAUCUAUUAAACUAUAUGAUGAAACUCAAACAAUGAAAUCAAUGGAACACUACCCUGAAUAUUCACUCGAUGAAACAAACAGCAGUACAAGUGACCAAUGCGAUCAUGACAAUGAUCUGCAUGAUAUUUACGACACCUCCUAUGAUUACAAACUUCAUGAUGAAUUUGGUCAAUUUGUAGAUGACGAAGAGACCGCCGUUCCAAUGGAAAAAUAUAUAAAUAAUUAA